AUUAGCGCCAUCAGUCGAUCAAAAGUGGUGCUCGCAGGCGGGAGCUGUUGGAAAUCGAACGGAACAUUAUUGGCAUAUUGUUGGCCCCCAAAAUUCGCAGAUCACUUCUUCUUCGUUUUUAUCUGUUGUUAAUAUUUUUUGUUUAAGUGCUUUUGAUACUUGUUGUUUUUCUGUGUGUUUCUGUGUUUUUUGGCCAAGGCUUCCAACAUUUGCCAAUUUUGCUUUUAAAUUUUACCUCUUUGUAAAUACACCUAUAUCAUUCGCUGCGGCAAUCACGUAAAAUGAGGAUAGUGUGGAGUAUGAAGCUGUUCCUAUGGCUGCUACUGGCGGCCGUGAUGGUGACGGCUUUGACCUUGGGCCUGGUCCUUGGAUUGCGGGAUCGGGAUGGGCGGUAUGUCAGUGGAGCCGUCGUGUCCAACGGCAUCGGAUGCGCCGCCGUGGGCGGUGAUGUGCUCACCGAUGGCGGAUCGGCCGUGGACGCCUCCAUCGCCACGCUCCUGUGCGAGGGCCUGCUGUUGCCCCACUCGAUGGGCAUUGGCGGUGGCUUCGUGGCCGUCAUCUAUACAAGGAGCACGCGCAAGGUGGAGACCCUGAUUGCCAGGGAAUCGGCUCCGGCGGCUGCCCACAAGGACAUGUUCGUGGGCCAGUCGGAGAUCACGGGCGCCUGGGCGGGCGCAGUGCCCGGCGAGAUUCUGGGCUACUGGGAGAUGCAUCGUCGCUACGGCGUCCUGCCCUGGAAACGUCUCUUCGAGCCGGCCAUUAAAUUGGCCCGCGAGGGUCACGUUGUGUCGCGCUAUCUGGCCUCUGCCAUUCGGCAAAAGAUUGCGAAUAUCCGGGCGGAUCCCGGCCUGUCCUCCGUGUUCCUAAACGAAAGUGGCGAGGCCUUUGUGGAGGGGGACUUCAUGAAGCGCAGUGCCCUGGCGGACACGCUGGAGCGGAUCGCCGAGAACGGGGCCAAGGAGUUCUACGAUGGCGGCGAGACGGGUCGCAAGUUCGUCGAGGACAUCCGUGCGCUGAACGGCACCAUCACGGAGCAGGAUCUGCGCGACUACAAGGUCCGCUGGGAGAGCGAUGGCCAUGUGGCGGCCCAUGUGAGCAACAGCUACACGCUCUACUCCACGCCCAUGCCCAGCAGUGGGCCGGUGCUGACCUUCAUCCUCAACCUGAUGUCCGAACUGAACACGGACAACGAGGAGAUCUACUGGCAACGCGCCGUGGAGGCCUUUAAGCAUGCCUACGGCCAGCGGACCAAUCUGGGCGAUAUGUAUGCCGAUCCCGUGAACGGGGAAUCCAUCAAUGGGACGCUGGAGCGGAUGCUGCAGCCAGAGUUCCUCGAGAGCAUCAGGAAGCUGAUCCACGACGACCGGACGUCGCAGGAGUAUCUGGACUAUGGCGCCAACUUUACCGUGGAGGAGGACCACGGCACCGCCCACAUGAACGUCCUGGCCACCAAUGGAGAUGCCGUCUCCAUCACCAGCACCAUCAAUAACUAUUUUGGCUCCAAGGUGGCCUCUCCGCAGACGGGCAUCAUCCUGAACGACGAGAUGGACGACUUCUCCACGCCCGGCGUGAUCAAUGGCUUCGGGGUGCCCGCCUCCCCGGCCAACUACAUUUAUCCCGGCAAGCGGCCCAUGUCCUCGAUGAGCCCGUGCAUCGUGGUCGACCAGGAUGGCAAUGUGCGUCUGCUGGUCGGAGCAGCAGGUGGCACCCGCAUCACCACUAGUGUGGCAGCCGUGAUCAUGAAGUAUCUGCUGCGUGGCGAAACCCUCGCGUCGGCGGUGAACGACGGCCGUUUGCACCACCAGUUGGCUCCCAUGCGCGUCAGCUACGAGCAGGAGGUGGACUCCAGUGUCAGCUCCUAUCUGCAGCAGGUGGGCCAUGUGAUGUACGAGGAGCCCGCCGGAUCGAGUUUUGCCGCAGUCACCGCCAUCGGAGCUCUGAACCAGCCGGAACCCUUCUACGAUCGCCGUCGCAUCGGCAGUUCACUCACCCUGGCGAAAACCAACAAGAUGCAGCACUAGAUUGGACUGCCAGUGAUUUCGUGAUUCCGUGAUUCCGUGAUUUUAUUUAUUGAACUUAGUACGUAGUCCGUAGUCCGUGGGCCAGUGUGGAUGCCCUGUAAAUAAUUGUUAACAGUAUUUCGAAUAGAGAGUGUCUUCGAAAAAUUUGUUUUAUGUAAAUAACAGGCUGUGAUUGCCCAAAUAGCCAAAUAAAUGAAUUUGCAUUUUGAUAUUGUA